AUGGCUGAGAAAGACACUGUGUCCUUUGGUGGUGUGGCAGCGGCAGCUGUUAAUAAAGUGAAAAUUAAGUCGCGUCCUGUUCCAACACCGUCUGAGCCUAAACCUGUAAAAACUCCGCAGAAGAAAAAUGGGUGUUAUCGUUGUGGUGGGAAUCACCAUUCAGAUUCUUGCAUGCACAAGAAAAGUAAAUGCUAUAAUUGUGGUAAAAUUGGUCACUUAGCAAACAAAUGUAGGAACCGGCAGUUUGCGAAGAACACUAACUUUGUCGAAGAAUCAAGUGAUGAAGAGCUUACUUUGUUUGUUUAUUCUAAUUCAGAAAGCAAAUCAAAUCAUCCUUUUAAGGUGAAUUUUAUGCUUGAUAAGGAAGAUGUAUUAUUCGAACUAGACACGGGUAGUUCAAGAACUCUAAUCAAUGAACAUACUUACCGCGCACAACUAGGUGGUAAUAAACUUCGUCCAACUAACAUUAAGCUGAAAAGUUAUUCAGGUCAGAGCAUAGACACUUUAGGUGAAAUUACUGUAUCAAGUGAAGGGAAAUUACUGACCGCUGUUGUUGUCAAAGGAAAAAGACCAAAUCUGCUAGGUCGUGAUUGGCUGAAACAAAUAAAACUUGACUGGAAAACAAUCUUUGCUAGUGUUAACAAAGUAGAUAGCUCUGAUCCGGUAGAAACUAUGAAACAAAAAUUCUCAGAAGUAUUUGUGAAAAAUGACAAACCGAUUUUAGGUUUCAAAGCAACUAUUCAUUUGAAAGAAAAUAGCAAACCAUGGUUUCAUAAAGCCAGACCGGUACCCUAUGCAUUAAAAGACAAGGUGACUGAGGAAUUGAAAAUUCUUGAAAAAGAUGGUGUAAUUGAGCGUGUCGAUAAUAGUUCUUGGGCAAGUCCGCUGGUUGUCGUGCCAAAGGCGGACAAGAAAAGUUUACGACUAUGCGGGGACUAUAAAGUGUCAGUAAAUCGUGAAAUUAGCGAAGAUCAGUAUCCGCUACCGAACGUUGACGAUAUGUUCGCGACCCUUGCUGGGGAUGAAAAGUUUACUAAGCUGGAUCUUACGCAGGCCUAUGCACAGCUAGAACUUGAUGAGAACUCCAAGGCUCUACUUACAAUCAAUACACACUUGGGAUUGUAUAAGUAUAAUCGGUUAGCCUAUGGAGUGAGUUCAGCACCUGCGAUAUUUCAGUCAGUGAUGGACACUGUACUGGCUGGUCUUUCUGGAGUGGUGUGCCGUAUAGACGAUAUACUUAUUACAGCUCCAUCCGAUGACGUGCAUCUACAGCGACUCGAGGAGGUGUUGCGACGCCUUAAUACACACAACAUCAAGUUGAAUGCCAACAAAUGCGUGUUUAUGGCAAAGAAUGUAGUGUUCAUGGGACAUCUUGUAGAUGAAGAAGGUGUUUAUCCUACUGACGACAAGGUAGAGGCUGUCAUGAAAGCGCCAGUGCCUACCGAUGUUGGAACCCUGAAAUCUUACCUGGGACUCCUGAAUUACUACGGUUCAUUUAUUCCGAAUUUGUCAACAAUGCUUCAUCCGUUACAUCAACUGUUACGUAAAGGAGCAAAGUGGGAGUGGUCGGCUGAGUGCCAAGAGGCUCUUGACCGCUCUAAGGACGAACUCUCAGGUACAAGGGUACUCAUUCACUAUGAUGAACAGAAACCUGUGAUUUUAGCUUGCGAUGCUUCGGCAUACGGAGUGGGGGCAGUUAUCUCCCAUGUUAUGGAAGACGGAACAGAGAAGCCGAUUGCUUAUGCUUCUCGGACACUGGCUCCAGCCGAAAGGAACUAUUCUCAGGUAGAGAAGGAGGCGCUAGGAAUCGUUUUUGGAGUAAAAAAAUUUCACAAAUAUCUCUAUGGGCGCAAGUUUUCUCUACUUACCGAUCAUACCGCGUUGACAACAAUUUUUGGUCCUACCAGGGGGAUACCUACCUUAGCCGCGUCACGUUUGCAGCGAUGGGCUAUACUCCUAUCAGGUUACCAAUAUGACAUAAAAUAUCGGAAAUCGUCUGCGCAUGGCAAUUGUGAUGGGUUGUCACGGUUACCUGUAACCAGUAGCGAGGUUGAAAGUACAGAUGACUUAGUAUCUUUCAUUGAGGAACUUCCGGUUGAGGCAAGAGUGAUUGCUGACGCAACUCGAAAAUGUCCAAUUCUGAGUAAGGUCAUUGACUUUGUAUUAAGUGGGUGGCCAAAACAUAACGACGAUCCCAAAAUACGACCAUAUUUUAGCAAACGGUUUGAACUUGGUGUUGACCGUGGUGUGCUACUAUGGGGUCUACGUGUUAUAAUUCCAGAGACUCUGCGGAAUACUAUUCUUUCAGAACUUCAUGAUCAACAUCUUGGAGUAAACAGAAUGAAAUCGCUGGCUCGCGGUUAUGUCUGGUGGCCUAACUUGGACUCUGAACUUGAACACCUUGCUGCCACCUGUGGAACCUGUCAGUCGUUGAAAGCACUUCCUGCAGAAGCACCGCUGCAUCCAUGGGUUCGCGCUUCACGCCCUAUGGAACGAAUUCAUAUUGACUUUGCCGACUUUAAGAACCAUUCAUUUUUGACACUAAUAGAUAACUACAGCAAGUGGUUGGAGGUUAUACCAAUGAAAAUUACCACCAGUGAAAACACUAUAGACAAACUAAGAUCUAUUUUUAGUUACACGGGGUUACCUGAACAACUGGUUUCUGAUAAUGGCCCACAGUUUACAUCAGUUACAUUCAAGGACUUUGUAAAAACGACAGGCAUUAGACACACACUUACUCCGCCCUAUCAUCCAUCGUCAAAUGGGCAGGCAGAAAGGGCCGUGCAAGUAGUUAAAAACGCAUUGAAAGCCAGAAUUAAAGAUAAUGCGAAAAGUGUAAAGUCAGUGAGCUUAACACAUCUCCUUGCUGAUUUCCUGCUGAAAUAUAGAAUUACACCACAUACUACCACCGGUAUCGCUCCAUGUGAACUGUUCAUGAAUCGUCAGUUACGCACGAGAUUGAGUUUAGUGAAACCAUCUAAGGACAGCAAAGUGAAGGACAGUCAAAUGAAAAUGAAAGCUGUUCAUGACAAGUCAACUAAAAUGCGAACAUUUGAAAAGGGCGAUCAAGUGGCAGUUAAAAGCACAAUUCAAGGGGGAAAUGGGAGUGGCGGCCAGGCGUUAUUCAUAAGGUACUUGGAGCAGUUUCGUAUCUGGUGA